AUGUUGGCGUCCUCCUCCUCGCCUUCCUCCGCGGCUUUGCGCUCCCCUCACACCCAUCCAACUGGAGUGGCGCACUAUGAUACCUCGCCCGCUCCACAAUUCAACAGUCCUCGCUCGUCGCGCGUGGCCAUUGAGGAACUCCGUUCGGCCCUGAAUCGGCAUACCGUCGAUCCUGCCUCUCCUGAAUCUCCUGCUUCCCGCCGCCGGCGCGUAUCAGCCGUAUCAAUUGCACCCACCACGGCGUCCGUUGACACACUUGCCCCCAGCUCCGCCUUGGCCCUUUCUUUCGGUCCUUCAGCCGCCACUCCCUCGACCGUCCCUACUGAGCCGGCAGUCACGACUGCCCCCGUGGACAUUCCGUCCCCCGCUGCCGCAACGUCUGCCUCCGCUGCUGCCCCGGCCACCGCUCCCUCGAUGCUCGCUCCGGACAGUUCGGGCUCCAACAAGCGCAUCGGCGAAAGCGACCAUCACCCGCCGGAUGCGACCACACCGGCGGGGUUGGGUGCUCAGGAGGGGAGGCCUCGCAGUCUAAGCGCCUGCGGCCCUCCACCAAGCCCGAAGUCAAAGUCUUGCCUGCGCAAUUCCCCUGCAUCAGGGGCGCUUAACUCGCUUCCACUCCCGCUCGCCACCCCGGAUCUCCGUGGGGAUUACCUGCAGCGCCUUACCACCCACGCCACCCUCUCGCCCCCAAUCCUGCUCAGCAUGGUCUACUACAUCGAUCGGCUCUGCGCCCUGUACCCAGCCUUCACGGUGUCCAGUCUGACCAUCCAUCGUUUCCUGAUCGUCAGUGCGACGGUGGCCAGCAAGGGUCUCAGUGACAGUUUCUGGACCAACAAGACAUAUGCGCGUGUAGGGGGUAUCAGCAUCAACGAGCUGGCCAUGCUAGAGCUCGAGUUCCUGUUCAAGGUUCAAUGGCGGAUUGUGCCACAACCAGAAAUUUUGGAGGAUUAUUACCAGAGUCUGAUCGAGCGAUGCGAUGGCUUUGACAUCGAGCGUACCAGUGCUGUCCACAGCGUCGCCCCUACGACCGAUACUACGCCCGCUACUACGACAGCUACUACGACAGCAGCCAGUACCCCAUCAGCAUAA